AUGUGGACGAGUCGCCACCGCUUGCUGCGGGCUGUGACCACCACCGCCCGCGGCUUCCACGCGAGCUUGGCACCGCGGGCGUCGGGCGCUUAUCUGACGGACGUUUCGUUCGCCUCGCUGCCAAUCACCCAAAAGUCCAAGGAUGUGUUGACACGCGACAUGGGCUACGAGUUCCUGACCCACGUGCAGAAGGACACGCUGCCGCUGGUGCUGGAAGGACGCGAUGUGCUGGCCAAGGGCAAGACGGGAAACGGCAAGACCAUCGCCUUCCUGCUGCCGACGGUGGAGCGGAUGCUCAAGAACCCGCGGCCCAAACACGGCAGGAUCUCGGCUCUGGUCAUCUCGCCGACGCGCGAGUUGGCUCAGCAGAUCGCCGUGGAGGCCGUGAAGCUCACGGACGCCCACAACCUGCACACGGCCUGCUUUGUCGGCGGCAGCGCAGUGAACAAGGACGUGAAGCUGCUGACGCAGUCUGCGGGCAUUGAUGUGCUGGUGUCCACUCCAGGACGACUGCAGGCUCACCUGGAGGACAACAGCGGACGCAUCCGGCAGAAGCUGGAAGACCUGCAAGUGCUCGUCCUGGACGAAGCGGACCGUUUGCUGGACAUGGGCUUCCGCCCCGAUAUCAUGCGGAUCAUCAGCCACUUGCCGAAGGAGCGACAGACGCUGCUCUUCAGUGCGACGCUGCCCACCGCCACGGAAGAGCUCAAGGACGUGGCACUGCGCGACGACUACGCCUUUGUGGACACGAUCGAGGGCGACGACCAGCAGACCAACACCCAGGCUGUGCAGGAGUACCUUGUGUGCGACUUGCAAGACGUCAUUCCUGCUGUCGAAGGUGUGCUCGAAGAGCACAUGAAGCAAUCCGAAUACAAGGUGAUCGUUUUCCUGCCGACUGCGAGAUCAGCCCAGUUCAUGGCCCAACUCUUCCAGGCUGCGGGCUUUCCUAACGUGCUGGAGAUGCAUUCGCGCAAGAGCCAAUCUGCGCGCACGAAAGCCGCAGAUGCCUUCCGCAAGGGUAAGAAGAUGAUCAUGUUUUCGUCCGACGUGUCGGCGCGUGGUGUCGACUAUCCGGACGUAUCGCUUGUGCUCCAGGUGGGUCUCACCGACCGCGAUCAGUACAUCCACCGUCUUGGACGUACGGCCCGCGCUGGUAUGGAAGGACGCGGCAUUCUUGUGCUGGCCGACUUCGAGAAGGCGAUGCUGCAAGAUCUAGCUGACUUACCGCUCACGGAACUGGAGAAACGCCCCCAGCUUGACAAGCACAACAACCGCACCACGCGUGCCUUGGCAAACCUCCACCCCCGCAGUGAGCUGGCGCAAUCGGCAGAGAAGGCGUAUGGUGCUUUCCUGGGCUUUUACAACUCGAACCUCAAGAGGAUGAACAUGUCCAAGACGAAACUUGUGGAAACAGGAGCACUCUACAGUCAGCUGAUUGGUCUGGAGGAGGUGCCGAUGCUUACGAAGAAGACGUUGAGAGCGAUGGGAUUAAUGGGUACCCCAGGCCUCAUUGCCGCACCUAAAGCUGCCAAGCACACGGGAGGGUCUAAGCCGAAAGGACCGGGGGGAGAAUUGGCAAGGUUCAGCAGCGAAGGUGGUUACCAAUCCAUUCGCGGUAGGAAGAAGCAUGAUCGCCACGAGGAAAAUGAAAAGCGUGGAGGCAGUUCGUGGAGAACGCACACCGGCGACGAAAGCAAACCAUCUCGAUCGGCUCGCCGCCCGAGCCGAGUCGCCUCACGUGAAGAACGCAGCCGUGAACGCAAAAGUUCCUAG